AUGAAUCCAAAUCCAUUUCCGAAGAAAUUUCAUCGUAAAUUUAAAUAUGAAAUAAUUCGACAACACCCAUUUGCCCUCUUUGGGUUACCAAUGAUUUUAUCAUUAGUAGUUGGUUCUUUCGCUCUUAGUCGUUUAACCCAAACUAGAUAUGAUGUUCAUAGUAAUAAAGCCAAAAAAGUUGAAAAGGAGCAAAUACUAAAAAUUGACAAAGAUAAACGAAAGUUUAAUGCUCAAGAAGAGUAUUGGAGAUUACAAGCCAAUGAUGAUUGGGAAAUUAAGAGAGUUGAAAGACCAAAAGGUGAUGUUUAA